AUGGAGACCAAACAGGAAUCUUCCCCAGUGUGGAGCCAGGCCCCAAACAGUGAAGCCACCAAUGCCACUCAGGUUCAUUUUGAGGGCGGUGCCGUGGCUCAGAUUGUGUACAGCGGUGAUCAGCAGGACAGGGGGCAGCAGCAGGUGGUAUACGCGGCAGACGGAAGCUCGUACACGUCGGUGGAGUCAGCCGAACACACGCUGGUCUACAUCCAUCCUGCUGACGGCGCACAGACGGUGUUUGCAGACCAGCCCCAAGUAGCUUAUAUUCAGCAAGAUGGAACAACACAGCAGGUGACUGUGCUGCUGCCGUCUGGACAGAACAUGAACACCGCCAAUCUACACGUGCUCAGUAACGUAGCAGAGGCUCCUCAAGCUAUUCUAGAGCCGGUCCCACAGGGGCAGUUGGCUGUGUCAAAUGCAGCUCUGCCCACCAUGGGAGACCCGACAUCCAGCCCGCUAGGGGCCACUGACUCCACUGUGGAUUCAGAGGAUGAAGAUGAUGAUGACGAUGGUAACGAUUCUGAGCCAGAUGACUGGGAGUCAGGACCUCCCCAGCCAUUCACCCCUCAGUACCUCUGGUGUGAAGAGUGUAACAAGGCCAACCCCUCAGUGUGUCUGAAGCAUGGUCCACUCCACCCAAUCCCAAACCGACAGGUCAUGACGAAAGCCCGGGCCAGCCUUCCCCUGGUUCUCUAUGUCGACCGUUUCAUGGGGGGAGUGUUCUCCAAAAGACGCAUCCCCAAACGCACCCAGUUUGGCCCCGUGGAGGCUCCGCUGGUCCGACAGAGUGAGCUGCAGGACACACACAUCCAUCUCAAGUUGUGCAUGCUUGAUCCUGAGAAGGAAGGAGAGAAGGCCGAGGACCUGUGGUUGGACCUUACGGAUGAGGAACGAUGCAAUUGGCUGAUGUUUGUCCGUCCUGCCCAGAACCAUCUGGAGCAGAACCUAGUGGCUUAUCAGUAUGGCUCAGACAUCUUCUACACUACCAUCAAGAACAUCCAGCCCAAACAGGAACUUAAAGUGUGGUAUGCCGCAUCAUACGCAGAGUUUGUCAACCAGAAAAUCCAUGAUGUUACCGAGGAGGAGAGGAAAGUUUUGCGGGAGCAGGAGAAGAACUGGCCGUGUUAUGAAUGUAACAGGAGGUUUAUGAGCUCUGAGCAGCUGCAGCAGCAUCUGAACAUGCACGAUGACAAACUAGACUUUGCUCAAAGACCUAAAGGGCGGAGUCGUGGGAGAGGCAGGAAGCGUUUCGGCACCGGGAGGCGACCGGGACGCCCACCAAAAUUUGUGCGUUUGGAGCCGCCUGUGGAGAGUGGGGAUAAACCACAGGAUGUUCUGGCGUUUUCCGAUAAGCUCCCAUUUGAGGACCAAAGCGACGGGGCCCUGAAUGGGCUGAAGGUGGUGGAGCUAGGACCAGAGGCCGUGAGCUCCAACCAGCAGGGGACUCUGGACGCUCCAGCGGCCCAGCCAGAGGCUCUGCCAGACGGGGAAGCCUCCGCCACUCCUCCCCUGAUUGCAGACACUCCUGGAGAUUCCCUGAAAGAGGAUCCGUCUGCAGAGAAUCAGACAGACCCCCACCUCUCUGCACAGGACAUGCGUCGGGCGAGGAGGAUCCGGGUGGAUCUACAGAACGCUGCUCUCCAGCACCUCUUCAUCCGUAAGAGCUUCCGUCCAUUUAAGUGUUCCCAAUGCGGGAAGGCCUUCAGAGAGAAGGAGAAGCUGGAGCAGCAUUUGCGGUACCACGGGCGGGACAGCUGCAGACUGAGCUGUGAGGUGUGCGGUAAAGGCUUCCUGAGCACUGCGGCGUUGGACGAACACCUGCAGCAGCAUGCCGAACAGCGGUCCUACUCCUGUCUGUACUGCGCUGAGACGUAUGAGCGCCUUGAUCUGCUCAAAGAGCACGUCACCGUCCACCUGGUCAACGGCCGCUACGCCUGCCCCUCCUGCAAAAAGAGCUUCACCGACUUUAUACAGGUGAAGAAACACGUGCGGAGCUUCCACUCAGAGAAGAUCUUCCAGUGCACAGAGUGUGAUAAAGCCUUCUGUAGACCGGACAAACUCAGACUACACAUGCUACGCCACUCAGACCGCAAAGACUUUCUCUGCUCCACCUGCGGCAAACAGUUCAAGAGGAAGGAUAAACUGCGGGAGCACAUGCAGCGCAUGCAUAACCCAGAGCGGGAGGCGAAGAAGGCAGACCGUAUCCAUCGCUCCAAGGCCCUCAAACAGAAAGUCCCCAGCACCGACUUUGAGAGUUUCAUGUUCAAAUGUCGUCUGUGCAUGAUGGGCUUCAGACGCAGAGGCAUGCUGGUGAAUCACCUGUCCAAACGACAUCCGGAGAUGCGUAUUGAGGAGGUUCCUGAGCUGACACUGCCUAUAAUCAAACCAAACAGAGACUAUUUCUGCCAAUACUGUGACAAGGUGUAUAAAAGUGCCAGUAAGCGGAAAGCCCACAUCCUGAAGAACCACCCUGGGGCAGAGCUGCCCCCCAGCAUACGUAAACUCCGCCCGGCCGGACCAGGAGAACCUGACCCUAUGCUUAGCACACACACCCAGCUCACAGGCACCAUUGCCACGGCACCUGUAUGCUGCCCACAUUGUGCCAAACAGUACAGCAGCAAGACGAAGAUGGUGCAGCACAUUAGGAAGAAACAUCCAGAAUUCGCUCAGCUGGCCAAUAGCAUCCAGCCCCAGCUCGCCACCACUGUCAUCAGCAGCACACCUGCUGUCAUCGCCGCUGACGGGACGGCUGCUGAGGCUGUGGUGACAACAGAUUUGCUGACCCAGGCGAUGACGGAGCUGUCCCAGACUCUGACCACAGACUACCGGACGGCUCAAGGAGAUUUCCAGAGGAUCCAGUACAUCCCUGUGUCUCAGGCCGGAGGCAGCUUAGCACAGCCCCAACACAUUCAGCUACAGGUGGUCCAGGUGGCGCCGGCAUCGUCUCCUCAUUCCCAGCACUCCACGGUGGAUGUGAGUCAGCUGCACGAUGCUCACACAUACAGUCAGCACUCCAUCCAGGUGCAGCACAUCCAGGUGGCCGAGCCUUCCACGGCCGCCGUGCAGUCUGCCGCACAGGUGUCUGGUCAGCCUCUAAGCCCCUCCUCCCAGCAGACUGCCCAAGAACUAAGCCCUGCCCAGUUGACCCCUGUGACCCUGGCUCAGGGCCACACCCUGCAGACAUCCACCAGCCAGACGCAAGGGACAGUGCAGCAUGCUUAUCUGCCUGGGAACUGGAACUACAGGAGUUACCCCUCUGAGAUUCAGAUGAUGGCUUUGCCUCAUGCCCAGUAUGUGAUAGCAGAGACCAGUACACCAGUCACUGCUGUCAACAGCAGCCAGGUGAAAACGACUCAUUAUGUGAUCUCUGAAGGGCAGUCUGACCUGGACUCCAAACAGGUCAACCCCCCCCAAAGCUCUGCCCAGGUUCACCCCGACCCACUGGAGCAACCGUCCGCCAAUCAACCAGCCUCCACCCAGUACAUCAUCACCACCACAACUAACGGCACAGGAGCCAGCGAGGUUCACAUUACCAAACCCUGAGUCUUCAGCUUACGCCCCUGUCUCUGUGUCACACACGUAUAC